AGAUACCUCGGGAAGAUAGCAUUGAAUGGUCAACACCUAUUGCACUGUUGGAAAACAUCGAAGAACGGGCUCUCAAGAUUAUGUUAUAGAAUCGAUGCAUGUAAGUUGAAGUUAUAGGUAGCAGGAGAAGCAGCAGGAGAAGGAGAACAAGGAAACGAUGUAUCCCCCAAAGGCAGGGCAAGAAUAUCAGGGUUUCCCCACUGGGUAUCCGCCUCCACAGCAAAUGACAACAGGGUAUCCGCCCCCACCUCCAAAUGCAUACGCUCCGCCACCGCAAAAUCCGUACGUGCAGCCGCCGCCGCCGCCGCCAAAUCCCUACGCUCAGGUUCCAUAUGCCCCACAACCUCCUCAUCAAGGCACCCCUCUUCGUCCCACAGAAUGGUCCUCUAGCCUCUUCGCCUGCACCGAAGAUCAAUCCAAUUGUUGCGUCACAUGCUUCUGCCCCUGCAUCACUUUUGGGCAAAUAGCGGAGAUCGUGGAUGAGGGUUCUACGCCAUGCGCUUUGGGCGGAGGGAUCUACGCUGUACUGUGCUAUUUUACGGGGUGCGCGUGCUGCUAUUCGUGCUUCUACCGGACAAAGAUGCGGGCAAAAUUUAACUUGGUGGAGAACUGCGCAGAUUGUGUCGUCCAUUUGUGUUGCGAACUAUGCGCGCUGUGCCAGGAAUACAGAGAGCUCAAAAACAGAGGAUAUGAUCCUGGUCUCGGUUGGAUUGGAAACCAACAAAGACAACAGCGCGGGAUGGGGACCGCCAUGACACCUCCUCUCAAUCCAGCCAUGGCAAGAUGAUCCCACCGUUCACACUAUUUCUGUUUGAUGUGGGCGUUUCCGAAUUUCAAUGGCUGUUUUCAAUAAUUACUCCUCGAUUUACGUUGUAAGGGUUUCAUUAAGAAUUUUGUCAAGUGGGACUGUAAUCUGAGGCAAAUCAUGACACAAUAUGACUUGUACUUGUAAAAGCAGUUUUUGUUUCUGGGUGCCCGCGGCCUGCCAAUUGUGGAGGCUGUGAAAUAUUAAGAAAUUGAUGAGGUUGUCAUACCUUCUUCUUUUAUAGUGUCUCUAUAGAGUAUUUUUAAAAUUUGUAACAUUUUUUAAUGAGGAUUUUAUAUCAUUAAAACUA